AUGCUGUUUUCAAAGGAGACUCUCAAGUCUUUUGCACAAUCAAAGGGGAUUUCCAACAUUGACGACGACGCACUGAGGGUUUUGUCCCAGGAUCUGGAGUAUAGAAUCAAGGAGGUGUGCCAGGAAGGAAGCAAAUUCAUGGUUGGCUCAAAGAGGACAAAGCUGUCGAUCGAUGACAUCAACUAUGCUCUAAUCAGCAGGAAUGUAGAUCCACUGUUUGGAUAUGAUCCUCAGGAGAGCCUUGUUUUCCGCGGUCUUCCCUCGAAUGUAUACUAUGUUCCUGACGAGGAGAUUGAUCUUGAGGAGUAUCUUGACAGGCCUCUUCCCAAGAUUCCUCUUCGGCCGUCGAUUCAAUCUCACUGGCUAGCCAUUGAAGGAGUGCAGCCCCAGAUUCCCUACAACCCGAUACUUCUUGAAAAGCCAGUUGCAAAGAAGGACACACUAGGAACAUACCAAGAGGAGGCCGAGCUGAAGUCCCAGAAUAGGCAUAUGCUCACAAAGGAGCUGAGCAUGUAUUUUGACAAGGUUAUCCAGGCCAUGGAAACCGACGAAGAGAUAGCAAUGGAGUGCCUGCACAACGAAAGUGGGAUCCAGCAGCUUGUUCCAUAUUUCAUUCACCAUUUCAAUGAGCAGAUAGUGAAGAACAUAAAAAACAAAGAAAAGCUCAUGACGGUUAUGAUGGUUUAUAACUCUCUGCUAAGGAACAAGUACAUCUUCAUCGAUCCGUAUCUCCACCAGAUCCUCCCCUCACUUAUAACAUGUGUGAUUGGGAAAAGCGUUGACGACGAGGUCAGGAGAGUGGCCGCAGAUGUUGUCAAGUAUGUUUUUAGUAACUUUUCCAGUUCCUACAAGACACUUGCGCCAAGGAUCAUUAACACCCUCAGCAAGGCAUGGCUGGACAAGGAGAAGACAGAGUCCACGCAGUAUGGGGCUUUGCUCUGCCUAAGCCUCCUGUCAAAACAUGUUGUAGAGACUGUUGUAAAGCCUAAGGCCGACUACUAUGUUAAGGAAAUCAACAAUCCACGGGUUACGGAGCUUCUGGAUGACAUUCUGAAAAAGAACGAUAUUUAA